AUGUUGCGGAUGCUGCGGCGCGCGGCCAUCGUCAUCCCGCUCGCCUGGAGUGGUGUCUGGUUAGGAUACUAUGCAUACACGGACACGCUUCGACGCUCGCACAUCCGCUCGCGGAACAAGGAGCUCGGCGCGACUCUCCAGAACCUCCAGUUAGGGACAGACGGGCCAGCGAGCGAGGAGGAGAAGGCAGCGAUCAAGAAACGGUUCUCGAGUCUCCAGUUUGCAGGUCGGUACUGGAACCCCUAUGUCGAGUGGCGAGAACAGGGUGCCUGGGAAUGGGCUUGGUGGAAGGUCAUCCUGUCGACUAUUAAUGGCAAGAUUUUCUCCUUUGAUGGCGACCUGCCUGAGGAGCGACCUAUUCCGGACUUGCCCGUUGAGACUCCUAACUUUGCGCUGCUGUAUGGCAAGGAGGCGAGCGUGCAUAUGCCUGUGUCGACCGAUGAUAAGGGAACGGAGAACGGCCACCCGCAGGUCAAUGGGUAUGCUAACGGGCAUGUCCAGGCCAAUGUACACGCCAAUGGACACGCAAACGGGCAUACCAACGGACACGCAAACGGCGAGGCUGUUCCCCCGGCACAGGCAAUGCGCCACCGCACCCACCGCGGUGGCGCGGACAUUGACAUCACGGACAAGUUUACGAUCACCUGGAUGGGUCAGUCGACGUCCUAUGUCACACUGGACAAGCUCGCGAUCCUCACCGACCCCGCACUACAGGACCGUACGAUCCCGUCAACCCUGGCACCGCAACGUAUCCGGCCCGCACCAUGCACGUACGAGGACCUGAAGCGGGUCGACCUUGUGCUCGUCUCGCACAACCACUACGAUCACUUGGACCCUCAGGCGGUCGUCGAGCUCGGCGACUCGUGCGAAUGGGUUGUCCCGAUCGGUGCUGGCGACUUCCUCCGCGAUCUGGGAGUUACGCGAGUGACCGAGCUCGACUGGUGGCAGGAGAGCAAGCAUACCCUCCAGCGGCCGGGGGAGCAGGACCGGACGUAUACGAUCACAGCUGUUCCGGUCAUGCACUGGUCCGCCCGUUCGCCGGCAGACACGAACGCGACCCUCUGGUCUGCGUUCCACGUCAAGAGCGAUACGGACAAGCCGAGAUCUUUCAUUCAUCUCGGCGAUACGGGAUACUCGCCCACCCUUUACGAGGCGGUCGGCCGCGUCCUGGGCCCUGUCGACCUCGCGGCCAUCCCGAUCGGGUCGUACGAGCCCCGCUGGCACAUGCACCUCCAGCACACGGAUCCCGAGGGGGCGGUACGUAUUGCCCUAAACCUCGGGGCGAAGAAGAGCAUCGGCGUGCACUGGGGAACGUGGAUCAUGUCGGACGAAGCUUACAACAUGCCGCCGAUUGACCUGGCCAAGGCUCGUAACAAGCUCGGGGUGAGCGAGGACACAUUCAGUACCGUGCCAGUUGGGCAGACUGUCGUUGUCGAAUAG